GGCGCAUUUACCAAUUUACUUCGAGUAGAAGCAUGAAAAACGCAAUUGGUUAUUAAGUGUCAAAUAUAUUUGUUACUUGGUUGCCGCGUCAAGCAAUAGUAACGCUACCGUCAAGUUUUCGUUGAUGAUUUGUGACGAGCCAUUCUCCAGAGAUCGAUGUGAUUUGAUUGAUAACUGUCCACAGGAAUUAUGAACUCAUUAGGUCUACAAACAUAUGUAGAAUUGUUCCAUUUUCCAUCAUUGGCUCAGUCGAAUGUUUUCAACCUAACUUUUGUGAAGUCUGAUGCUGCAAAACGAUCAAAAACUAGUCGAAAAACGUACGACAUACUGGUCGCAUUUUUCCGUCCAGUCAGCGAUCCACUGGCCAGCAAAUAUUCCUUUAGUAUACACCAUUUCGAUGUAGAAGACAAAAUUGUUCAGCCACUAACUAAAACCAUUGAUUUUGCCUAUUUACCAGGUGCCUCAGACAUAGUUUGCAUUAAUGCAUUACAUGACGAAAUAACUGACGAAUACUUUGUUGCUAUUGGCUUUGUAAAGGAAGGCGAAAAAGGAUAUCUUAAUAUAUACAGAUCUAAGUCAGAAGAAAAGCUAUCGGAAAAUUGCUUGAGUUAUUCCAAGUUACCUUGUGUUCCUCUUCAUUUGACUCAUGCACACUGUCUCAUCAAAGAUGAACAUCAGUGGGCAUUCUUUUUGUCUUAUGGUGAACCUUUUAGCGAAACUUCCAGUCAACACAAGCCUUCCAAUCAACCACAAGUCAAAAUAUUCUCCAAACUUGUUGAUGCUAAUGUUUUUGAACAAGUUGAAAUUGAUCAAGAUACAAAAAACUCUGAAUUAAAUCAGUCUCAAACCUGUCAUUCCAGUGCAGCUUAUGGUGAACUACCAUUUAAUAUUGCUGUAGUACUUUUCCCAGAGCUAACAAAAUUGCCAACAACAUUAAUUUUCUUACAUAUGGAUUUUAAAAUUAUAAAUAAUAUACGGUUUUCAGCUUUCGGUUCACAAGAUGGGUGGUUUGGUUUAUUCGCUGUGGACAUGAAAUCUCGUAGAACUAUACGACAUUUCUAUUUAUCUCAUGAAUCACCAAUCACAUCCAUUAAAAUAUUUCAACAGUUUAAUGGGUCUGAUCCGGCUUCAGAAGAAGUGAACAAAGAUAAUGAAAAUGUGUCUAUUCUCAAGAAAGAUGUUAACUGUUUAGUGUGUUCAGCUUUUGAACCAACUGUUGUUUAUUGUAAUAUCUUCAAAAAUAAUGGCUUCAGUGUACAAAAUCAGUUAAUUUUACCAUUUAGCACAGAUUUUGAUCAUGUCAAUUGUGCUUCAGUUGAUGAUUUUAAUUUGGAUGGUAAAACUGAAAUUAUACUUGGAACAUUUGGACAACGAUUACUUUAUUAUGAAUGGGAGUUGAAUAAUACAGAUUCAAAAAGUGGACAAUUCAUAUUAAAAUUUCAACGUUCACUUCCUGGUCCAGUAUUUUGUAUAUCUCCUGCUUUAGAUCUAAUCGGUGAAGGUCCUCUAUCAUUAGCAGUUCUAACUAGUCGUGGACUACAUAUAUUUCAACAUGAUACAUAUUGUUUAAUAAAAGAAAUUCAUCAUAGAUUAGACAAUCAUUCACCUUUAAUACCUCAUUUGUAAAUUACUUUUUUAUUAUUUGUGAUUAUUUGCUUAUAUAUAUAUGUAUAACGGCCGUUUCGUUCUAGUGUGGGACUCGAACAUGAGAAGUCCCAUACUAGGACGAAACGGCCACCAUGUGCUUUCAGAUUUUCAUUGUGAAAAUUAGAACAACACAUCUAAGCAAACAAUUGCUUUGAAUUAGAUUGUAAUUAGGCUUUACUGUAAUAUACAUGAAUAUUUAUACGAAAAUGUUAAACGAAUCAAGGCAAUUUGAGUCAAUAAUCACAGUGAAAAAAAGGGUUAAAUAUGUACAGAAGAAAUUCAUGAAACCCCUAUCCCUUCCAUGGCCAGUUGUAACUUAACAAACGACAUUAUUUUAUUUUGGUUGACAUUAAGCCCACGGCAAUAAAGUUUCCCUACCACCUGUCUCUUAGAGAUUGUAGUGUGUAAAAAAAAUUAUCGAUCGGUGAUUGGUGUACUUGUUUUGCAAGUGUGUACUGAAGUGAUAAUGAACAAACAUUUUGUUACCUUUAAUAAUUUUGUGAUUGGUCGUAAACUGUUCAUCUUUGUAAUCUGAU